AUGAGUACUCAUUAUCUUCUUCAUUAUCCUUCCAAACCUUCUUCAUGCAUGAUGAGUGUGAUUGUCCUAUUCGUUUACGUGUGUUGUUGCUGCCUUCUUCUUCAUGGACAUUCCCAUGAACGUGUGUGCUCCUCCUCAUGUUUCGUCUCUGCCACCUCCACACCUUCAACCUUGGGUACCGUAUUCAAAAACAUCGUGGUUCCCAAUUCUCCAAAGCUUGAUCAACAAGUUCAAAAACGCCCAAUGAUCAUUUCCAACAAUCAACCACAAGCAUUGGUAAAAUUUCUACUUCGUCAUCAUGCAACAACUCCUGAACCUCGUGCAGCCACAACUUCCACAACUUCUUCCUUACAAAAUUCCACACUUCCUCAAACUGAAGACAAUAUCAAAACCAUUCAUGAAACUCGAAUUAUGGGUGGAAGACAAGUGCUAGAUGAACAUGCGUAUCCUCAUAUGGCCUCACUCCAACUUGUGGCCAAUGAGAGAGGUUAUCAUUUAUGUGGAGCUUCAUUAAUUGAUAAGAAAUGGCUUGUAUCUGCUUCUCAUUGUUUCUUUGAUGAGAGUGGCUCGUUCUUGGACCCUGAAAAUUUGAGUAUUGUCAUUGGGAAUUCCAACUUGUCAAAAUGUCCAGGUGCCAAAGUUGAAAAUUCCAGAAGACCACGAUAUGGAUGCAUUCGAAGAAAAGUACACCGAUUCAUUACACAUCCAUUGUAUGAUUCAAAAGUAGUGGUAAAUGAUAUUGCAUUGAUUGAAUUGGAAGAAGAAGUGGAAUUCUCAACAAGUAUUCGACCCAUUCAAAUUCCAGAUUAUGUGCCACUGGUCGGAACUGAGUUGACCUUGACAGGAUGGGGACAUGAUCCAAGUGAAAAGACCAAGACUGUCUUGUUGGAACAAGUUUCAUUUCCAUUGAUGAAGGAAGAUGCUUGUACGAGUAUUGGUUUGAGAAUGAGUGUGAGGAAGGGACAAGUGUGUGCAGGAAGUGAAACUGGUGAUGCAUGCAGUGGUGACAGUGGAAGCCCUUUAUUACUUCCUUUGGGUUCGUGUGCAUCAGAUUCCAAGUUUUACUGUUAUUCAAUUGUGGGAUUAGUUUCUUAUGGAAUUUCUUGCUCAAACACCAGAGUCGCGAAUCGAGUAGGUGUUUACACUUCGGUCCCGUAUUUCAAGAAGUGGAUUCAACAGAACGCUCAAGUGGGCCAAUAUAAUGAAGAUGACUUGGACGAUUUGAGAAAGAACAAUGACACCAGUAAUGCAAUAUCUAUGCAUAGAGCACAGCAAGCUCUUUUCUUGAGUGUGGUCAUAUCCUUACUCUUCAACAUGUUUAUUUGGCCCAUCGUUGUUGGACUGUAG